AUGCAACCACACCUGGCGGGACUAAUGCGCCGCCUGCAGACGCAGCUGCUACGAAUUGUCUAUGGUCACCACAAAACGACCAGAAUGCAGCACCGAGUGAGUGAGCUAAGCACUCCAAUUUGUCCAGUCGGAGAUGAGGCGGCUCUUCAACUGGCCCGCCAGUGCCUGCUAAGUGGUCAGGUUAUUGCCCUGCCCACCGACACAGUAUAUGGCCUGGCCUGCGAUGCCAAUAACGAGUCAGCCAUCCAACGGCUCUACGAUAUUAAGGGCCGUAAUGAGCACAAACCCGUGGCAAUCUGCGUACACAACAUCGCUGCUCUGCGUCGCUUUGGUCAGGCUGCCCAUCUCAGCGACGAGCUGCUAACUCGUUUGCUCCCGGGCCCCCUGACCAUCGUGAUCGAGCGGACACCACAGUUGAGCAACCGGUUCCUUAAUCCCAGCACCUCCAAGAUCGGCAUUCGCAUUCCGGACUUCAAGUUCAUGCGCGACCUGUGUGCCGUUUGGCAUGAGCAGCCUUUGGCCCUUACCAGCGCUAAUCGUUCCAGUGAGCCAAGCAGCCUGGAAGUCUCGGAGUUCCGGGCCCUGUGGCCGCAAUUGGGCGGUGUCUUUGAUGCAGGCCAAAUUGGACUCACAGAAGAGCGGCGUCUGGCUUCAACGGUCAUUGAUCUGGCCACUCCAGGCUAUUACGAGAUCGUCCGCGCAGGUGUGGCACUGAAGCAGACCAUCAGCAUGAUGGAGUUGUUCGGCAUUCAGUCGCGGAAAAUUCUAUAGUAUAAGAGAAACUAUUCAAAAAAAUUAUAAUUGUCAUGCUUAUAUUUUCUAGAUUCUUUUCUUUUAGAUUAAUUUUUUGAAUUACUACAAGACUCCAAAUUAAACAGUGAUUUUAAUAAAUAUGUUAUUUAAAAUAG